AUGUUCGGCAAGCCGAAGAAGCGCCCCGCCAGCGCCCGGCGCCGGGCGGAGGCGGACGAGGAGGACGACCCCGAGGUCCGCGCGCUCAUGGCGCAGAUCCACGAGAUGGCCGCGCAAGUCUACGAGAACCAGCAGCUCAUCGAGGAGCUCGAGGCGCACCCGAAGUUCGCGGGCUGCCCCAAGGUCCCGGAGCCGCCGCGACUGCGCGUGCCGGAGGCCGUCGACGGCGACGCGCUGCCCGACGGCGACGCCGCGGACGGGGAGGACUUCAACCCGGGCAGCGAGCUCAUGGUCCUCGACGGCGACGAGCUCAAGCCCAUCACGGCCGUCGACGAGAAGGCCCGGGAGGAGUACGGCGAGGCGCUGGUGCGGCUCGAGCCCUCCGACAAGGAGUUCCUGCGCGACCUCGCGCAGGGCGCGGGCAAGGAGAACAGCCGCCUGCUCGGGGAGGACCGGCCGCGGCCCGUCACGCAGGGCCGGCGGCUCCGCGGGGCCGACGACGAGCGGAAGCCCGUGCGCCGCGGCGACCGGCGGCGGGCGGGCGACGUCGCCACCGCGCCGCGCAACCCGUCGCGGUCCUCCACCUCGCGCCGCCGCGAGGAAGAGGCCGAGGCGCCGCGCCGGACGCGGUCCGGCCGCCGCGAGGACGCGUCGCGCCGGAGCUCCGGGCGGCGCGGCGACGAAGCCGAGGCGCCGGCCUCGGCGCGCCGCUCCGGGCGCCGCGGCGACGAGGACGAGGCACCGCGGCGCCUCGCCAUCGGCCGCGACGAGGACGAGGCGCCGUCGCGCCGGACCGAGCGCCGAACCGCUCGCCGCCGGUCGCCGCGCGACUCCCCCCAGGACUCGCGCGACGACGACUCGCGGGCCGGCGCCCCGCGCCGCGCCGCGAACGACGACGACGACGACGAGUACAUGGGCUGGCCCGACGCGCGGACGCGGUCGCGCGGCCACGCGGAGCGCAAGGACCGGGGCUAG